CGACUUGUGACACCAAACGCGCAAACGAAGCUUAUAAAUGCAGAAUUCCCACAGCACAUUUCCCCCAACACAAUGGGUUUCCUAGCUUCUCUGUGCUUCCUCUGCUACCUCUCUGUUUUCCUCUUCCCAUCCCCCUCCUUUUCUUCUACCUUACUGUUUCAGGGCUUCAACUGGGAAUCGAGUAGCAAAGGAGGAUGGUACAACUCACUGAACAACAUAAUUCCUGACCUGGUACAUGCUAAAGUUACUCAUGUCUGGCUUCCUCCACCCUCCCAAUCAGCUUCUCCACAAGGAUACUUACCCGGAAGGCUAUAUGAUCUGAAUGCAUCCAAAUACGGAACCCAGAAUGAACUCAAGUCCCUCAUCGCCGCCCUCCACAAUAAUGGAAUCAAAGCCGUAGCCGACAUAGUGAUCAACCACAGAACAGCAGAUAAACAGGACGAGAGAGGAAUUUGGUGCAUUUUUGAGGGGGGAACUCCAGAUAGCCGCCUUGAUUGGGGCCCUUCCUUCAUUUGCAGCGAUGACACUGAAUAUUCCGACGGAAAGGGCAAUCCAGACAGUGGGGAACCCUAUUCAGCAGCACCUGAUAUCGACCAUCUCAACCCACAGGUUCAGAAUGAAUUAUCAGAAUGGAUGAGAUGGUUGAAAACAGAAAUAGGGUUCGAUGGAUGGAGAUUCGACUUUGUAAAGGGCUAUGCACCAAAAAUUACAAAACUCUACAUGGAUCAAACCUCGCCAGAUUUUGCAGUCGGUGAGAAAUGGGAUUCACUUUCAUCUGGACCGGACGGGAAGCCCGACCCAAACCAAGACGGACAUCGCGAAGCUCUUGCAAACUGGGUUAGGGAUUCGGGCGAUACUGUCACAGCGUUUGAUUUCACAACCAAAGGUAUUCUUCAAGCUGCCGUUCAGGGGGAGCUAUGGAGGUUGAAGGAUUCUAACGGGAAGCCGCCGGGAUUCAUCGGAAUCAAGCCGGAAAGUGCCGUAACCUUCAUCGACAACCACGACACUGGUUCGACGCAAAAACUCUGGCCGUUCCCUUCCGAUAAAGUGAUUCAGGGAUAUGCAUACAUUCUCACGCAUCCUGGAACGCCCUCCAUUUUCUACGACCAUUUCGUUGAAUGGGGAUUGAAGGAGGAGCUAAUCAAAUUGAGCGCAAUCAGGGCAAGGAAUGGGAUUGGGGAAAGGAGCACGGUGAAUAUUAUGGCUUCUGACGGCGAUCUAUACGUUGCUGGCAUUGAUGGGAAAAUUAUAAUGAAGAUCGGACCGAACACCAAUCUUGGAAAUCUGGUUCCGUCGGAUUAUGAGCUUGCCGCUUCUGGAAUGCAGUAUGCUGUCUGGGAGAAAAAGAAAUGAAUCCUUGAAUAUCCGCCAUUGAUGAAAUAAUUCCCAUCUAGAGCUCCAUUUCCGUUUUCAGAAAAGUUUCGGAGAAGAUCAUCUAUAACUUUCAUUUGAUCUAUCCACUCUUAAGAGUGUAUUAAAUUUCUGUUUUAAACUUGAAAAGAUUAAUGAAGUUAAUAUUUUA